AAAAAAAAAAAAAAGAAGAAAGCAGUUUGGUUGCUUGUCCGAUCGUUGGUGGAGAGGUUGUUUGACUCAUCCGAUCGCUUCUCUUUCUUCCCCAUCAAAUUCUUUCGAUUUUUUUUGGAUUGAUCAACCACGAAGUCAUUAUGGAGAUUUCAGAGGCAUUGAUAUUGACAUUUGUUAUGGAUUUCAAACAUUGGAUUGAGGUGUUGGCACCAAUCUUUCGAGGUCACGGCGACUGAUGAAACUGUGAACUUUUUAUUUACAAGGCAUUGGUAAUUUGCUAGUUUACACUGGCCUCCAGUAAGUUGCCAGUAAUCGAUUCAGAUUGUAGUGAGUUGUAGCUUGGAUAUUUAUUUCAAUUCUCAGUUCUUUAGCUUUCAUUGAACUGGAUGUUCAGAAGAACACAAGAGGGUUGUCAUGGAUAGAUAGUGGAGUUCAAUCAUCAAUAGGAAGUAGAAGUAGAAAAUCAAAGUAUCUAGAAGUAUUUGGAGACUAGUGGGAUAAGAAAAAGGUAGAAAGAAAAGUCCCCACAUUUAAUAUUUUGCAAUGGGUUUACCUCAAGUAACCCCUAGUACAUCUGGUGAAGUUACAACAUCAUUGAGCACUUACGUCUCGAUCCCGCCUCGAUUUGGGAGUAUUAGCAGUUGUGACCUGGACGGUCUCCAUAGAGGGAAUGUGGAAGAUAGGGAAGAAGAAGAUAUUUCGUGCUCCGCCUCAAUUAGUGAUUUCCGUAAGAAAGCUAGCUUACAGGCCCCAAAAGGCAUAGGUGCUCCGAUGAAAUGUAAAAGUCUAGUUGAUGAAGCCGUGAAUCUUCAUGGGCUAAAAAUUGAUUUUAAGGACAAGCUUGGAUGGCUGUCCCCUAAAGUGAGGGUUGUGGGUUUUGAAUCGAGCAAUCUGGGUUCUUCUGCUAUUGAGUGUCAGAAAGUAGGAGUGGAUGGGAAUCAUUCAUCUUCAAGUGAUGGGAUAUCCGAUUCAUCAAAUGAUUUAAAUGGAUCACAAGUGAGAAAGCGUUUGCAUUCUCCAUUGAAUGGGAUGGUUCAUAAACAGUUCCAUGGUAAUUUCUUAGAUCUUUCAAGUCGCAGUGCUAGGGGAGAUCUUUAUGAUCCUAGCAGAAAUUACAGUAUCUUUGCAUCGCAGGACAGAAAGAAAGCAAAUAUUGGGUGCACUGACUGCCUUGAGGUUCCAAUUUGGCCCAGCUCUAGCAGUGAGAAUAAGUUCAAUUCUGGGUUUUUCACUGAUGGUCCUUUGCUUGAGAACACAGAAGCUUUUAGUCACUUUUUUAAGUCAUCUGCAUCGGGAUUUGAUUCGAACAAUUCUUCAAUUAAAGGAAGAAACUGUAGUGCAGCGGUUAACAUAUCUCCUAAAAAGGUUCAUUCGCCACCACUCUCCUUGUCUCCUCUUGGUCCUAAAUGGGCUGAUAGAAUGAGAACUGAAGGGAUCUGCAGAGAUAUCUCAAAAGAAAUUGAAAGUGACUUCUUGAUUCUAAAAAACCUGAAGGAUCCAGUUAAUGAAAGUAACACAGGAAUCCCAAUUCCAGUAGAAGAAGAUAUACUGCAUGACGAGUCAGAUUUAUUUACACCUUUAAGUUCUGAAUCUGCCCCUACACAUCGUUGCAUAAAGUUUGCCAAAAGUUUGAGCCUUAUUCCUGUUCGGCGAUCGCUAGUUGGUUCCUUUGAAGAGUCUCUCUUAUCAGGCCGGUUCUCCUCUGGCAGUGUUAGUCAGAGAAUUGAUGGUUUCUUAGCGGUGUUGAAUAUCACUGGGGGAAGCUUCUCCCCUGCAUCUCAAAAACUCCCGUUUGGUGUAACGAGCAUUGAUGGAGAUAGCUCCCUGUUAUACUAUGCUUCCAUUGAUCUUGCAGGAAGCUUGUCAUCAAGUAAAGGUAGAGGGCCAAAAUUGAAAAGGAGCCUUAGCAAUAAUGAUUCUCGAGCAGCCAAAAGUCGCUUGCGCAUCCCUAUGAAAGGGCGUAUACAGCUGGUACUCAGCAACCCAGAAAUGACCCCUCUUCACACAUUCUUAUGUAACUAUGAUUUGAGUGAUAUGCCUGCUGGAACUAAGACGUUUAUGCGUCAAAAGACAACCUUAGCUUCUCCUGCAUUCUCGGAGCAAAGUAAAGAAGGAAUGAAAUCUCAAACUGCAAAAAAUGGGCCUUCGGCUACCUUGGUAUCUGAGAAGAGUGAACAUUUGGAGUGUGCAGGUUGUGAACAUAGUCAGAACCUGUCAAGUAAAGCACAAAGCAUAGAAGAAAUGUUUUCAUCUAUAGAUGCCAGUAUGGAAUCUCAGAAUCGGUUUAGUUAUUGUGUGAAUGCGAAAGACAGCACUAAAUUUAAUAGGGUGCAAACCCAAACUUAUGAUAAAGGUGUUCACAGUCAGUUGAAUGAGUCGUAUGCACCCAGCAUUAAAUCUACACAUUACUCUCCAAAAUCUAGCUCCGGUGCACUUCGUUAUGCACUCCAUCUUCGUUUUCUUUGUCCAUCUUCAAGAAAAUGUAUGAAGUCAGUGCAAAGAUGUGUAUCUGAUCCCUUCUCAGUACCUGGGAGAAGCAAUGUGGAAAUUGAGGGGGAGCGGCGCUUUUAUCUCUACAAUGAUCUUAGGGUUGUGUUUCCCCAACGUCAUUCUGAUUCAGAUGAAGGAAAGCUGAAUGUUGAGCAUCACUUCCCAGCCGAUCCAAAAUUCUUCGACAUUGGCAACUGACAGAAAUAUCAAUCAGCUUUGCUCGGCCAGCUUGUCUCUCAUUAGCUUCUCAACUGUAAAUAUGCACCUCAACUGUAAAUAUGCACAUGCAUUUGAAAAUUUCUUUCAAUUACCCAUGUUAUCUGAUAAGAAACUCUGUCCAAUUUGUACAGUGAAAAAAGUAUUGCGUUUUAGCAAUUUAAAGGUGUCACAUUAUUGCACAACUUAA